UCUCAGCCGAUUGUCACCUCCGUGAUCUCCAACACCCUAUCUUAACAGAAUAUCAGACGCGAGUAGUCGGAGACUACUCUCAUCGAAAAUGGCACCCUCUAACAUCAACAUUCUUCUCACGUCCUUCCCUGGACUGUCUCUCCCCUCGACCCUCUCCUUCUCGCUCACCUCCACCUCUACCAUCGCCGAUCUCGCCGACAAGAUCUCUUCAUAUAUCCCGACAUCCGUCCCGUUCCAAUCCCUUGUCUUGACGACCACCAGCAACAAACAACUCGACCCCUUCUCACAGAGCCUCGUCUCUACUCUACUUGCCUCAAAUGGCGAACCCAGUACGACAUCGAACCUCCUACCUCUCCGCCUCUCAGUCCCGCUAUGCGGUGGUAAGGGUGGUUUCGGCUCCCAGCUCCGUGCAGCUGGAGGGCGCAUGUCCAGUAAGCGAAAGCGCAACCAAGGCGACGACAACGGAUCCAGCCGAAACCUCGAUGGCCGACGUCUCCGCACCGUCAACGAAGCCAAAGCGCUGGCCGAAUACCUCGCUGUCAAGCCGGAGAUGGAUCGCAAGGAGAAAGAGGAGCGUCGACGUCGCUGGCAGUCGGUCGUGGACAUGGCCGAGAAGCGCCAGGAGGAACUGAAGAACGGGGGCGGCAAACAGAAAGUCGACGGUCAGUGGAUGGAGGACAAGGAGGAGAUGAACGAGAAGGCCAGAGACGCCGUGUUGCUCGCUAUGAAGAAUGGGGACUGGUCGGACAACCUGCGCGAUACGAUCUUGGGCGGCUCUAGCACGAGCGCCAGCGCCAGCGAAGGCAGUGGUCAGGAAACACCUAGUGGCUCGGACGAGGAGAGUGAUGAGGACAUGGAUGCGAAUGGCGCUCCAGGGCCGUCUGAGCCUGCUCAGAAAGCCGCAGCUCCUCGCAAGUUCAUUGGGUUCGAUGAUGACGACGAGUUUAUGAGUGAUUCUGAAGAGGAGGAAGAUCAGCCCGAGGACUCCAAGGGCAAGGGAAAAGCAAAGGCCUAAGCUAGGGGCGAGACGGAUAUUUGUGCCUUCUCUUUCUAAUGUUCGUUUCUUUCCUUGUGAUCUUUGUAUUUAUUUUCUUCGGCGUUCCGCGAGCAGGGUCAGGAUGCCGAGUCCACAAAACGGCGAGUCAAUUGUAUAGCAUAGUAAUAUCCAUCAUAUUUUUACAAGUCC